AUGGGCCAAACUCUGUCGGAACCCGUCGUAGAGAAGCACUCGCACCAGGGAGAAGACUCGCGGCUAGCAUGGGCAGUCAGCGAGAUGCAGGGAUGGCGUCUGACCAUGGAGGAUGCGCACGCGGGGAUCCUUUCGCUUGGAGACGAGCUCAACGGCAAGAAGACGUCGUUCUUUGCGGUCUAUGAUGGGCAUGGCGGCUCAACGGUCGCGAAGUUUGCGGGCGACACGGUGCAUGGACGAUUGGCGGCGAACGACUACUUCAAGAAGCGGGAUUGGGAGGCGAGCUUGAAGCGGGCGUACUUGGAGACGGACGAGGAUUUGCGGGCGAAUCCCGACUUCCGAGGCGACCCUUCAGGCUGCACGGCCGUGUCGACGAUCAUUACGCCAGAGCUCAAUAUCAUCUGCGCCAACGCAGGCGACUCUCGUGCCGUGAUGUCUGUCGGCGGCGAAGCCAAGCCUCUCUCGUUCGACCACAAGCCCACAAGCCAGGGCGAGACCUCUCGCAUCGUCGCUGCCGGCGGCUUUGUCGAGUUCGGCCGAGUGAACGGCAACCUCGCCCUCUCGCGCGCUCUUGGCGACUUCGACUUCAAGCAGAACUCGAAUCUCGACCCGGAGCAGCAGAUCGUCACCGCUGACCCCGACAUCACCGUGCACGAGGCGACUCCCGAAGACGAGUUUGUCGUUCUCGCUUGCGACGGCAUCUGGGACGUCCUCACCUCGCAGCAAGUCAUCGACUACGUCCGCCUCGCCAUCUCGCAGGAAAAGCCGCUACAGACCAUCUGCGAAGAGCUCCUCGACCGGUGCCUCGCGCCCGAUUCCGACUGGGGCGGCGUAGGAUGCGACAACAUGACGAUGAUGGUCGUCGCUCUCCUCGGCGACCGGACAAAGGACGAGUGGUACGCGUGGGUCAAGGGCCGCGUCGAGCGAGGCGAGCCUUACGCGACGCCGAAGGAGUUUGUCGAGCCGUUCGGACAAGGCGGGAACGGUCCUCGCGGCGCCUUGAUGGGCGGUCAGGCCGGUGGCGCGGCGGGCGGCGUUCCUGGCGGUAUCCUCGGCGGCGCCCUCCGAGUCGGUUCGACGGACGGCGGCAUCUCGCUUUCGUUCCCUGGCAGCGGCGGCGCAGGCGAGGACGACAGCGAGGACGAGGGCGAGCUUGACUUGCCCGCGAUCCAGGCGGCAUUGCGGGCGCGCAUGGCCGAGCUCGAGCGCGAGGAGGCGAUGGAGGGCGAGGAUGGCGAGAUCUCCGGUCCAGCGCAGGGGGCGUCGAUCACCGACGACGCCGACAUGGACGAUGUCGAGGACAAGCGUAUCGAGGAUGUCAGCGAGACCGAAGGCUCGACGACGCCAAAGGAGGACGCUCUUCACGCAGCGACUUCCGGCGCCAGCCUGUAG